GUAAGACCGCGAACAUGAGCCGAGGCAGCAGCAUGAGCCGGAGUAAGAGCCGGAGCAGGAGCCGUAGCAGGAGCAGAACCAGCCACCGGCGCCAACACAGGAGGCACAACUCCGGCAACAGCCCCAUGGUCAGCGUGACUAGAUUCCACACGGGGACGCGCAACGCUGCCACCAGCCCCAUCAUCAGCUUCAGCCGGAGAUUCAAGACCAAGCGCAACACCGGCACCAGCCCCUUCGCCAGCCCGGCCGUCAGCUCCAGGGGCUGCUCUGCCGGGUGCCAACCCGCCGCCGGCAGCCUCAGCUCCUCCAGCAGCAGCUCCUCCAGCAGCUCCACCCUCAACCACGGCCGCGACGCCGGAGGCCGGCGAGCCAAGCCCGUGGGCAAGAGAAAGGUCAGCAGAGAGAAAGCCGAACGGGCCAGCUCGACCUCCACCACCACUUCCAGCAGCUCCGCCAUCACCACGGCCAGCAACAGCAGCGGCGGCGACAAGAAGGCUGCAGCCCGCGGCCACAAAGCCACGAGCAAGAGCAAGAGCAAGAGCCGGAGCCGGAGCAGGAGCAGGAGCAGGGCCCGCGACAGCAGCACCAAAGCCAGCAGAAGCCCCAGCCCUUCCACCAGCACCACCACCACCACCUCCUCUGGCAGCAACCCAGCGCCACCAGCCAAGCCCAGAGAUGCGGACCCCCCCAGGGUCAAGGCCACCAAGUCCAGCACGGAAUCCAGCGGGAGGGGCCGGAGCGAGGCAGUCAAGAACAACGCCAACUCCAACGGUGACCGCGGCAACAACAGCAGCAGCAGGAGAAGGAACAGCCAGACCAGCGCGGGCAAGGGCGCGUCCGAUGUCAGGGGCCGGCCGAGCCGCAGCAAAUCUCACACCGGCGUCAACCCCGCGGAGGGCGAGGACGAGGCCGAGGACAUCGCCGACCUCAAGAGGACCAAGAGCAGCGACAGCAGAGGCAAGGGCAGCAAGACCAGCAAGACCAGCAAGUCCAGCAGCAGAGACAGCUCCUACAGGCAGGUGAUGGUCACCCGCACCAGCAGCAAGAUAGACAUCAGCAUCAGCCCCAGCGGCAGCGAGGACAUCAUCGGCAGUCCCAGCAGAAGCAAGUCCAGCUCCAAAAACGGCAGCGGCAGCCCCAGCAGAAUCAAGUGGAGCUCCAAAAACAACUUCAGCCCCAGCAGAAGCAGUUCUUACGCCAACGCCAGCUCCAACAGAAGGAACCCCAACUCCAACACCUACGACGCCCCCAACAGGAGCAGGUCGGGCGUCCACCUUACCAGCCCCAGCAGGAGCAAGUCCGGCGCCUUCUCCAGAACCAGGCUGAGCAAUAAAAUCAACACCAUCAUCAACCCAAACCGCAGCAAGACCAACGUGAACAGAGACAGGAGCAGCGGCCCGAGGAAGCGGAACCCCAGCAUCAGCUUCAACAAGAUACUCACCAACAUCGGCCUGAGCGAGACCAUGAGUAGCGUCAGGAAGAGCGGGAGCUACAUCAGCGGCCGCGUCUCCGGCAAGACCCACAAAGACGGCAGCCCCAGGAAGGCCAGCGGCAGCGUCAAAGGUGGGAGCCAAGCCGGCGCAGGAAGGUCCAAGGGCCAUGCGGACCCCGUCCAGAAGAGCAGCAGCAGCACGCCGAGCGAUGCCAGCAGCCGCAGUCGCACCAGCACGGGCUCCGGAUCCAGCAAGGCCUCCGAUAAGAGCUCCAGCAAGAACUCCAGCAAGAACUCCGGCCAGAACUCCGGCCAGAACUCCAGCAAGACCUCCGGCCAGACCUCCAGCAAAACCUCCGGCAAGACCUCCAGCAACCUCUCCAGCAAGAACUCCAGCCGCAACCCAACCAACACCAGCACCGCCACCACCACCACCACCACCAAGACCAACUCGGACACCAGCAAAAGCACCGGCAGGAGCAGCGCCAGGGACGGGCACAGCGACGACAGAGGCCAGCGUGGCAAGCGGAGGGAGCAGACCAGCGGCAGAAGCAUGCUGUCUCCUGGAGGUCAUUCCCACGCCGACGUUUAUUACUGAUAAGCUCUCCCCCCGCCCCCGCCAUGUCUUAAGGUAUGGGAUGGAGGACCCUUAUACUGAGGUGAUCCUGCUCUCUGCUGCUGGGCCUGGUGGGCAGGUUUCAACACUGCUUGCCCAAGUCGCCACUGUCUUCAACUCUUCCAUCUCUUCUUGAGGGCCAUUCACGGGACCUUACAUCCAGCUGUCCAGAUGUGCUUGCCUUUUAGGCGUGGUGCCAAGUCCAUGCAUGGCAUGCUCCACCACACCAUGUCUGCUUAAAGCCAACGGGUGCCUGGGUUGUCCAUUGGGCAAUGUUGGCGUGAAGGUGUCCUUACGUCAGCCGGGAUAUUUUGCUAACUGGUGGGAUCCUAGCAAUAUCUUUACCCGGGGGAAGGUGGGAGACCUCUGGAAACCCGCCUUGAUGUUCUCCACUCAUCUCGCCCAUUCACCAGCCAGCAGCAACCAGAGAAGCAAUGUCUUUCCAAGCCAUGGUCAGGCAUGAGUUUGGGAAAUAACUCCACCCCUUGUCAUUGGCAGGAGAUGUCUUGUGCUCAGGAGAAGCUUGGAUGAAUAAAGGCAAUGCGUUCUACAGACAGCACACGGGGUAGCCACGGUGAACCAAUGACUUCAGCAAUGACUGGACGUGCACCCAUUGAGGAGACAUCUAUGCCCUGGGUGUGAUGGGGCGGAAAUGCAGAUGCUGCUUUAUCCCAAAGGAAGACACAAGGUGCUGGAGUAACUCGGCGGGUUGGGCAGCAACUCUGGAGAAAGCGGAUGGGUGACGUUUUGAGUCGGGAUGCUAAGGAGAGGCCAACACCAACACCAACAGCAGCCCAGGAAGGGCCAACAGCCUCCCCAGUAGAAACAAGAACAGUGUCAAGAAGCAGUCCCAGUAGAAAUAUGACCACUGGCCAACAGCAUCUCCAGUAGAACCCCAGACCAAUACCAACAGCAUCUCCAAUGGGAACAAGACUAAAACCAUCACAGCCCCUGUAGAACCCUGACCAAUAUCAACAGCAGCUCCAGUAGAAACAAGACCAACACCAACAGCAUCUCAAGUGGAAAUAAGACCAAAUACCAACAUCAGGCCCAGCAGAAGCAACACCACCAACUGGAAUCAAGACUUCAAAAACAAAUUGAAAAAGGGACCCGACCCCGAAACAUCACCCAUCCUUUUUCUCCAGAGGUGCUGCCUGACCCGCUGAGUUACUCCAGCACUCUGUGUCUAUCUUUGUCCUGGGUGUCGUUCAACCUCUUGAGCGUUGCUGGGUCUCCCCCUCUUCCAGCCUCUUGUCAUGAGGUCUUGUCACGACGGAAAUGCUGGCGGGCGUUGGGUUAGCGAAUGCCGCUCACACCUAGAAGGCGCAUUGAUUACAUGAUGAUGGUGUGCUUCAGAACCUUGGACAUGGGCGGAGGUGCCCUUCAUACACACACACAUACACACGAGAUCUCCGUCUCCAGUUAGCAUGCCCGCUGUCGCUGUCGCUGCCUGAACUUGCAAAGAACAUGGGAAUUCUACGGACAGUUGAUACCUGCCCGAAGGUUUUAGACAGGAAGGAGUUGCUGGGAGAUGAGGUGCUCCAUUAAGAUGCAUCGGCAUUGAAAGAAGCUGCUACUGUGAGAAUAACGGGGUCCCUUAAAACGGGGCUGCAUCCCUGGCCGAUACUGCUACUGCUCCCCAUCAGACUAGCCAGACGUUGGGAGAGUGGGCAAAGAGUCAACUAGG